AUGCCCUCAAUCAAAACUAGGUUUACUUACAGAUUCAUUCGAGCCGUGCAGAAACUGAACAAGAAUAGAGGUGUUUCAUCAUCCAUGAAGGAGACAUACAGGAGAUAUCAUAUGAUUAGAGUUGCAUCCUAUGCAUCCAUGGCUUCUGCAGUCGGGUCGAAAAGAGCGUGGAGUCAGGCCGUUUUGCGGAAGAUUAGGAACCAUACCUUGCAUCGCGAUUUGAAGAAAAAAUGCGGAAUUCACGCUUUGAUCAGGAGAAGAAAAGUAAGCGAAAACCCUAGAAAUAACUUAAAUUUUCAUCAGGAAAAUGAUCUCAGGAAGCUUGUACCAGGUGGUGAAGAUAUGGAUUUUUGCAGAUUGUUGAAUGAAACUGCUCACUACAUAAAAUGUCUUAGAACCCAGGGUUUGCAUCCAAAAACUCAGCUUCUUGAAAGAUGA